AUGGAAAACCACGAUUCGAUCUCUUCGGAACAUGAAGAGACAGAUCAAUCUCGCGCUCCGCAGCGCCGCCGCCGCCCGCCCCUGUCUUGUACAGUCUGUCGCAAGCGCAAGUUGAAAUGCGAUCGUGCUCAGCCUUGUGGACAAUGCGUACGCUCAAAAACAGCAGCGCAAUGUGUUUUUGUCGGAACGCAGCUGGGCCCCGUUCUCGACUCUGGGCAACGCAUGUCGCCACCGCAAGCACCCAAUAGCGUGACCGUGGAAGAGCAAUCCGGUCGAAAAAGCGGGAUGUUUGUCUUCGACUCCAAAUUGGGGCCAAAUUCGACUACCAAUCGUGUCUCGAAGCGUACUCAACCAGAUGAGCUGCGCGAGCUCCGGACUCGGCUGCGCAAUCUGGAAAAUUCUAUCGGCAAGCCGUCUCAUCUUCAUACCCCUGAGACGUCGGUCGGUGAUGUCCUUUCCGAAGCUGAGACGAACAGUCUUGACAAUGUUGGCGUUGAGGAUCGCGUGCGAUUUUUACCUGAAUGUAGCUUUCGUGGAAAGAAGACCAAGACCCGUUAUUUCGGUCGCAGUCAUUACACAACUACCGUUUCUUUCUUUCAUGAUAUCGGAACCUUCAUGCGGCGAGGGAAUCGCCACGGAGAGGGGAAAGAUGAGGAAUAUACAGAUAUGAAACAAUUCAAGACGGAACUGUGGUCACGCGAAUCCCAGGAUCAUCAGCGCGAGUUCCGCGAGCAGGCUUUCAAGCUGAAGGAAAUGGUCCCUCAGAAACAUGUCGCAGAUCAUCUGCUUCAGCUGUACCUCGAUACCUUUGAAAUGACAUAUCGAAUCUUGCACACGCCGACUUUCUUGAAACAAUAUGCCGAGCUCUGGGCGAAUCCCCAAUUCACCGACAUGGCUUUCGUGGCCCAGUUACUAGCUAUCAUGGCUGCUGGUAGCUGCUUCUAUGCUCCAUCCGCAGGCCAAGACCACCGGGAUGUAUUCCAGAAACCGGCCCUGAAAUGGAUUAUGGCUGUCCAGUCCUUCAUUUCGUGCACAUUUAUAAGCCCGGAUAUUGACUUUCGAAUGCUCCAGACUCAAGCUCUCCUUCUGGUAGCUCGCCUCGGAGUUGCCAGUGACGGGGAUGUAGCCUGGGCUUCAGCGGGGUGGUUGAUUCGGUCCGCGACAACAAUGGGAUUGCAUCGUGAUCCGACACGCUUCCAUAAGCUCCGCCCUUUUUACGCUGAACUGCGCCGUCGGCUAUGGGCGACUAUUGUGGAGCUGGACCUCAAGAUUUCACUCGACCGUGGUGUGCCACCAUCAGUUGACCUGGAUGAAUGCGACUGCGAUGCACCAUCGAAUUGGGACGAUGCGGAUAUGAUACCGGACAUGGAAAACAAUCCUGCUCCCCGUAGCACUGCUCUCUAUACCCAAAACUUCUACCAGACUCUCCUUACCAAGACCCUUCCACUCCGCUUUCGAAUUGCCAAAAAAGUCAACAGUCUCUCCUUCGAUUUAUCUUACGAUGACGCCCUGAAAAUGGGCGACGAGCUAUCCCGCUCCAUGCAACAAACAUCUUCUUUGUUCGAAGAAAAUGCGCCAGGUCCUGCAGCGGAAGAGGCAGAACGCCACCGUUUCGCCCAGUCCUUACAUUUGUUCAUCAUGCGCAAGUUCCUCCUUGCCUUGCAUCGGCCCUUCUCGCUGAGUGUCGUUCGCCUACCUAAGUGCUCUUAUUCCCGCAAAGUAUGCCUCGAAGAGUCUCUCGGUAUCCUCUCGCAGAUGGAGCUCCCUCCCCCAACGGAGAACAUUAUCGCUCCGCAUAUCACCCAGUUGGGCAGCGGAAUGUUCCGUGAUGAGACGUUCCACGCCGCGGUCACUGUCUGUGUGGAGCUCUCCCUCCAAGCCAAUGAAAUGAGAUCAUCCACUACUGCGGGUAUGGACGGUGUCAACUCCAGCGUUCUCAUGAGCAUGAUCCAAUCCCAACAGGGUGUGAUGAUGCAAGCUAUCGAGCGCACGGCUGACAACUUCGGGCGGCGCAUUGAUGUCGGUGGAAAGGGAUCUAAGCCUUUCUUCUUCUUGAAUAUUAUUCUUGCCUCUGUCAAGUCGCGCGUCAAGGGGGAAGAUCCCCUGUGUCACAUUGAGGCUGCAUCCAAGAGAUCUGUUCGUAUCUGCAGGGCUAUCUUGAACGGCCUCAUCUAUGAGGAGGCUCGGAUCGCUGUGGAUAGCGGGCUUGUGCAGACUCCCGUUCCGUCGGGACUAAAUUCGGUGUCUGCCACUCCAAGUGAUCUUGACGCUGUAUCGUUUCUCUUCAACGAUUUGACUGAUUUCGCGCCAAUGGAUCUAGGAGGAUGGCUUGGCAGCUCAGAGAAUCCUGGUCCGGAGGUAUGGGAUUGGGAUGCAAACUUGUCGGUCAAUCUUCCGACAUUCUCAUGA